AUGGCUCUAGAUCACGAUCAUUGGCCAGAGCAAAAGGAAUUCUCAACUUUAACCAGCGAGCUCGAAGUGAGACCCAAUGUCUCCCUUUUUGCUUCAGCUCAAAAGCUAAGUUAUCAUUGGGAUCUCAUUUAUAAAUAUUCGUCUCUUAUUAAGCUGUAUAGACUGACUGCACUUUGUUUCAGGUUUGCCUCACGGCUUAAGAGAAAGUUCGAAGCUCCACCCGUGAUGAUUAUUCCAUCCUGCGACAUGGAGAAGGCGCAGCACUUUUGGAUUCACGUAACUCAACACCUGUAUUUCGCCAACGAAAUCAAGAUGCUCAACUCAAGCUCAACCCUGCCUGCAACUCACCCUUUCAGUCGCCUCACCGCCUUCAUCGAUUCGCAGGGAACAGUACGAGUAGGAGGAAGACUCACCAGCACAGCGCUCAGCAGGGACGAAAAACAUCCAGCGAUCCUCCCACGGGACGCUCACCUUUCGAAGAUCAUCAUUGAAGACGCUCACAACCGAACAUUCCGCGGAGGAACGCAGCUCACGCUCGCAUAUGUUCGACAACGGUAUUGGAUCAUCGGUGGAAGAGCUCCUGUAAAAUCUCACAUCUUGAGAUGUGUCGUGUGUGUUCGUCAGAGGAGGAUUCGUGCUCGUCAGAUGAUGGGCCAACUACCUCUCUCUCGUGUCACACCAUCACGACCAUUCGCUCACACCGGUGUCGAUUAUGCUGGACCGAUCACGAUGAAAAAUUCAAAGGGAAGAGGCUCGAAAACGAUCAAAGGAUGGAUCUGCGUGUUAGUAUGUUUCCCCUCGUCGGCAGUUCACCUUGAGGUUGUCAGCGACUACUCCACGGAAGGAUUUCUGGCAGCCUACAGGAGAUUUUCAUCGAGACGAGGGAUCGCUCACAAAUUGUAUUCUGACUGUGGUACCAACUUCAUUGGAGCACAGGCAGAGCUCAAACGCCUGUUCACGUCAAGUUCAAAGGAGCACCAACAAAUUGCAUCGAUCCUGUCAGCAGACAACACUCAAUAG